CUUAUAAAUAGAGCGCUGAUUAGGGUUUUCAAUUUAGCCUCGCCGUCGAAGACCGCAGCAGCAGCAGCAGGAGAGUUCUCACCGCCGGAAUCGACAAUGCCGUCGCACAAGACGUUUGUUAUAAAGAAGAAGCUAGCGAAGAAGCAGAGACAGAACAGGCCGAUUCCGUACUGGAUCCGGAUGCGGACCGACAACACUAUUCGCUACAACGCCAAGCGCCGCCACUGGCGCCGCACCAAGCUCGGCUUCUAAGCCGUAAUUUUCGAUCCUCUUUUACUUACGCUUUUGAUUUUAAAUGUUAGUAUCGGACCGAGAACGUGUUUCUGUUGUUACGAUGCGUUAGAAUUUGCUUGGCUAUUUUGACCAGGAUUUCGACGGAACGUAUUUAUCUUUUUGUGCACUUUCAAGAGAAUUGAUUCAGUUUUUGUUUUGGAGCAA